UCGACAAAAAAAUAAGACCAUCUGUUUGCCAUCUUACUACCACGCGUUUGGUGCCUGGCGUGCUCUCAGAUGCUCUGUACAGUGACAGCGUUGGUUUAUGAAUGAGAGAACAUCUGACAACACCGUAUACUGCACGAGAAGCGCUGCGGGCACAUUGAAACUCUAGAGGCUUAAAGGAAAUCUGACGCAAAGUGUUUCACAUGAAAACAAACAUGAUGAGAAAUAAUUUAUGUUUAUGUUGGAAUGAAAUAGCGCAUGGAUUUACUCAAAGAAACCCACAGCACACUCCAGCUGUAGCUUCUUCUUGUUCUUCUUCCCUUUGGUGGCUUGUGUCUCUACAUUAUUGAUUCCCAAAGGCUGCUGCUGCCGGCCAAUGGGCUCCGGAGACAGUUUUUUUUUUUCAAAGGGAUGGGAGCAGAUGAAGUGAUGAGAUUCGUGUAACUUUUCGAUGACCCCUCCUUGACAAAGACAGUGUCCAUCACUUGUCCUCAGUCAUUAUUCGCUGCUUUUAUGCCGAGGGGCUUUUUGUAUCUUUUGUUGGUUUCUCUGUUGAACACCAUGCCUUCAAGUUAGUCCUUAGAAACUGAUAUAUUUGUUUUAUAUCUGUGAGGAUAAAAAUACAGUCGUGUUGGGUCUUCAUAUUAUAUCAGUUUAAAGUUCAAUAUAGGGUUGGAAUUUGUUGUGUUUUUUUAAAAUUAUUUCCAACAUGCCUUUUUAUUAUCCAAAUGUAAAAGUAGAUUUUUCUGUGCAGUAUUUAUUAGUUUUUUUCACCACCGGGAUCUAAUUUUGGUACAUCUUAAGUCGAAUGAAAUGUGCUUUUAGUUGUAUGUUUACCCGUUUAUGGACCCGCAUCACCUCUAUUGGCCGAUCUGGUCACAUGGUUCGCUAACUUUAUUCAGUUGACACCAAGUAGGAGGGCUUUAUGGAGGGAGGAAAAAAAAGACAACUCGAGAAAAAUUAGUAUUUUCUACCUUCAGAAAUUAAUGGCCAUGAGUUCGUAUUUGGUGAACUCUAAGUAUGUGGAUCCCAAAUUUCCUCCCUGCGAGGAAUAUUCACAAAAUAACUAUAUACCUGAGCAGGGCUCGGACUACUUCGGUCCAACGCAGGACACAGACUUUCAGCAUCCAGGGAUCUACCCACGGCCAAACUACACGGAGGAGCCCUUCAGCUGCAACACUGUGCAGGACUCCACAGUUCAGCCACGGGGUCAUGUGCACGAGAAAUCCAGCCGCUCGAGCUCCUUAAGCACACAGACUGAGCCGGGGCCCCCGGUCCAAGUGGCCGGACCCCGGACUUGUGGACAGGAGCAAAACACAAAGAGCCAAAAUGGGAUACAGUCCAAGCAGCCAGCUGUAGUUUACCCCUGGAUGAAGAAAGUCCACAUUACUAACGUGAACCCGGAUUACACAGGACCCGAGCCCAAGCGGUCCAGAACAGCUUACACCCGGCAGCAGGUUUUGGAGCUAGAAAAGGAGUUUCAUUUUAACAGGUAUCUGACCAGGCGGCGACGGAUUGAGAUUGCGCACACUCUUUGUCUCUCCGAAAGGCAGAUUAAAAUCUGGUUUCAAAACAGACGGAUGAAAUGGAAGAAAGACCACAAACUACCCAACACCAAGGGCAGAUCCGCACCAGCCAGCCAUCUGCAAAGCAUCCAAAAGGAUAACCAGACUGAGAUCACAUCAUUAUAAGAGAGGAGGAAGGUGUCCACGCCUUUAGAAAUUGUACAUAUAAAAAGACAGGGGUUGCAUCUGAUUUUUGCAUGGACUGAUGUUGUUUUUAGCCUUUUUUUUAAAUUAUUUAACAAAGACCACCAGCAGUGGUGACUCAAGAGUCAGAAAACCAAUCAGUCUUUGUGAGAGUGAGAGGUUUGAAAGUUCUUCAUUGUUUUUAAUUUCUUCAAAGAGACACAAAAGCAUCGAAAGAAACUUUUCUUCUUUUUGUUGUUGGACGUUACCCACCUGAGGACAUUUAAUGACCGACCUCGGCUGACAAAGUGUUGCAGCUCUGCCCACGUGGAUUCACGUUGGUUCAAAGAUUGAAAUAUCUUUAUUCAAAACAGGAAAGCUCUUGGUUCAAAUUACACGCACACAAAAAGGUUAUUUCAGUUUAUCUUCCUAUUCAUACCUCACUUUGAAUGCACAAUUUAUACAUAUAUACUUGAAGGACCAAUGUUUGCACGCCAAACACAACCUACGUUCGUGAGUUGCAAAAAAAAAAAAAAAAAACCGUUGCAUCGUUCAGUUCUACGUUUAUUUGUGACUAGUAUGUUUUAACUUAUUUUGUACAAUAAAGCUUAGAAAAUUUGUAAGCCUAAAUAUUAUUCCCAAACGCAAGACAUUCCUGUGUGCAUACUAUUCGGAGUGCCCUUAUAAAUCUCUCCUGACAUCUUUGUAAACAGUGUACAUUUUCACAGGCUCUCUCGUGCCAUUGAAAGACCUAUAUGGAAGAUCAUUUGUUCCUGCAUGGCAUCAAAUUGAUAGUGGAUGUUUCUCAUCUGAAAAAUAAUAAUAUCAAAUUCAGAAUAUUUAGGAGUAUAAUUGUUUAUUUCAUUUUGAUAUGAUUUGUUUACGUACUUAUUUAUUUGUUUAAAAACAUGUACAUGUUCGUAUAGCACACAUACCGUUUUAAUUAAAGUAUUCGUUCAACUUUAAUUAAUCUAAAAUAUGUUUGAAUUUUUGUGGAUUAUUAGCAUGGCUUUAUGCGACGUUUGAGUCUUUAGUUAAUGUGGGAAUCUUCUGUUUUUUUUCCUUCUCCAUUUGCACCGAGCUAACCGAGGGGAGCUUUCACGUCACGUUUCAAGACAGAUAUUUCUUGUUUUAUACCGUCAUUGUCUUCGGACAAACAAAAAAAAAAAAAAGCACAGAAGCUCUCCCAGUAUACGAAGAGGUCUUCUCUGUGAAGCCUUUGCGAUGAGAGGCUUGAAGAGGUAUUUCAACCGAAGGUCGACAAAGCACCAGUGGCAGGUUCAUCCAGGGGACACAUUUCAGCCGCGAGGACUGACCCCGACACCCCUGACCCGCCGGACAAGCAGCAUUUUCUCUCCCUGCUCGCUUUGGUUUGGAGGAGUUUUCCACAGUUCAAAAGCCAAAGCAUUCAAAGCAAAAAGUCAGUGCGUUAAUUCCAUAUAGUUUUUACACGUAUUUUAACAGCAGGCCUAUUUAAAAGCUUCUGAUUUGUGCAUUUGUCUCUCCGUGUCAAUAUGCAAUCUUUUGGUUUUAUUUUUGUACAUGCUUUUUACCUUGUAAUGUGCAUUGAGAUGCAAGUAUACCGGAAAAAUAAAGAUUUCUA